AUUGACUUGAAUGAUUAUGGUAUCUUUAGAUUGAUAAAUGCAUAAAAUGCUGGAGGGUAAGCAUUGGCUAAGUGUGGAUUUUAUAAUGCGCUUAAUUCAUAUAUUUUUACUAUUUAUUUUAAUUAAUUUUAGACAUAAAUUUUAUCUAAUUUGACACUUAAUCCAUCAUUUUCUAUAUAGCUAUAAUCAUUUUCUAAGUGGGGGGAUGAGUUUCUAUUUUCUAGAAUUCAAUUUAAUGGUUUUAUAUUCUAAUAAUUAUUAAGGUAAAUUGGAAAUAACUUGCAGUAUUUUUCUUUUCAUUUUGGCUGCCACCUUCUUCUUCUUCUUUUUUUUUUUUUUUUUUGUGCGUAGAUGAAUGCAGCAUAUUAUGAGAUUUGCAAUACUAAACCCGAUGCUUAGCUUAGAUAGUCAAUCCAUCCACUCGUACCGAGGUUUAUAUCAAGUAAAUUUAAGGCAAAUUUUCCUUUUCUGAAUCCCGAAGUAAGCGGUGGGCCAUCUGAUCUUUCACUCGGAACACCCCCUAGAUCGAUUGGAUUUGGUAGCCGUAGUGGAAAGGGUUUACUUUCCGGUAAAGGUGGUUCAUCAUCAGGAAGCUUGUUGCAUGGCUUAUGCUUCAAGAAAAUAGGUACUAGUGUAAUAUGUGAUGGCGAGAGAAGCUUGCUCCUCAUGCCAGACAGCAAGACAAAUCCCGAAUGUCCUAACAUGGCUCGUUUGCCUUCCCCUAUUUUUUGGAAAAGAUGUUCGUCUCUGCCCACUAAGCCUGACUCAAAUUUGUUGCCAUCCGUGGACGUGCCUUCUUCUGAAAAAUUGUCCGAGGAACAGAAUAAAUCAGAUAAAGGAGGAAAGGAUGCUGUGGUGUCACGGUCCCUGUCGGUGCCCGGACGAAGUGUUGUUAUAGUACGAUCGGCUUCUUUCGAUAACCAUAAAAAGAAUGUCCCUGCAGAUAAUGGUGAUGAUAAAAGUAAAGUGGUUCCUCUAGAAAGCAACGAUGAGGAGAUUCCAGAAGAGGAAGCUUUGUGCCGAAUCUGUAUGGAUGUAUGUGAAGAAGGAAAUACACUCAAAAUGGAAUGCAGCUGCAAAGGCGCCCUUCAACUCGUGCAUGAGUCAUGCGCUGUUAAGUGGUUUAGUACUAAAGGAAACAAAAACUGCGAGGUAUGCAUGCAGGAAGUGCGGAAUUUACCUGUAACUUUACUGCGGUUGCCUCCUAAUUCUCUAAGGGGUAAUAGACGUGCUCGAAGGGGCAGUAGACAGAAUGUUAAUUCACAGAACUCACCAUCCGAAUCCGCAAGUGCCUGGCAGGAUUUCAUGUUGCUCGUGUUAAUUAGCUCAGUAUGCUAUUUCUUCUUCCUCGAGCAGCUACUGAUUCUUGACUUGAAGGCUCAAGCAAUUGUGAUUGCAGCACCAUUUGCGCUUACCCUAGCCCUUUUAGCAUCUAUCUUGGCAGUUAUCUUAGCAAUCAAGCAGUAUAUAUGGACAUAUGCAGCUUUUGAGUUUACACUCGUUGCAAUAAUUUUCUAUGUAUUAUAUUCCCUGCUCCAUCUGAAGCCUAUUGUUGCAAUACUGCUUUCGGGAACGUUUAGUUUUGGGAUAGCUAUGGCAGUCAAUGCAUUGUAUAUCUACUAUUUCGAUAUGCGAGUUCGUAUUACAGAAAAUUCUAACCCAGCAUGAUUGGAUCUGGAUGAUGCUAUUUGCCAAGGAAGAAGGGCAAUUAGAGGCUAAAUACCGGACAACCUUUCCAUUUUUUUUUAUACAACAUUAUGCUGAAGUUUUGGAAUAGAGGAAGAAGUUGCAUCGGAAUAGAAUUAAAGGUUGUAGAUAUUAGGAUUCAAAUUCUAAUCUGAAUUAAAUCUUGAGCUCGUGUUCAGUUCAAAAGCAAUCCAUAUUAUUAUUAUUUUCUCAUUUUGAUAACAUGACUAAGUUCUAAUGUACACCUUGGCGAGUCUUUGAUCAAGUAUAUAGAUCAACAACUUUCAUGAAGAAAAGUUCAACAUAUCACAAAUACACAUGAUGCCAAACUUAAAUGGAAAAUAACACACACCAACACGCAUGAUCGUCAUAGCAAAAGGGUACUAGUAAAAGAGAGCGAUAUGUCAUGAUUAUAGUACAAACCACUCAUAAUACUGUUUCAUGAUUAUACUACAAUAUACAGCUACACAAAUCCUAUGAUAUAUACUGAUCACUGGGUUCUAAAAACCUAAAUCUAACAAAGAUUAUGUCCCUAAGAGAAAAAAAAAACAUAACAUAAAAAAAGGGGAAGAAAAUUCUUAGGAAGUUGAAAAUAAAUAAUAAAGAAAGCCAAAAACUUCAUUUAUGCUUUGUCACAGGUAGGAACCUAUUAUCCUUUCUUAGC